GUCUUCGUUCUUGAAUGAUAUUAUAUAUAUGCCUUCAUACACACUGUAUGAUCACCAGGGCUUUCUGUUGUUGUCACUUGUCAGCAGCAUCAUGGGUGCCGGAGGCAGGAUGACGGAGAAGGAGCGGGAGAAGCAGGAGCUGCUCGGCCGCGCCGGCGCCGGUGAGAUCUUCCAGCGCGCGCCGACGGACAAGCCGGCGUUCACGCUGGCCCAGAUCAAGAAGGCAAUCCCGCCUCACUGCUUCCAGCGCUCGGUGAUCAAGUCCUUCUCCUAUGUGGUCUACGACCUCGUCAUCAUCGCUUCCCUCCUGUACGCCGCGCUGGUCUGGAUCCCAGCACUCCCGGCCAUGCAACAGCUGGGCGCCUGGCCGCUCUACUGGGCCGCGCAGGGCUGCGUCAUGACCGGCGUCUGGGUGCUCGCCCACGAGUGCGGCCACCACGCCUUCUCCGACUACCUGCUGCUCGACAACAUCGUCGGCCUGGUGCUCCACUCGUGCCUGCUCGUCCCCUACUUCUCGUGGAAGUACAGCCACCGCCGCCACCACGCCAACACGGGCUCGCUGGAGCACGACGAGGUGUACGUCCCGAAGAAGAAGGAGGCGCUGCCGUGGUACACCCCCUACAUCUACAACAACCCCGUGGGGCGUCUGGGGUACAUCGUCGUGCAGCUCACCCUCGGGUGGCCGAUGUACCUGGCGCUCAACACCUCCGGCCGCCCGUACCCGCGCUUCGUCUGCCACUACGACCCCUACGGCCCCAUGUACAGCGAGCUGGAGCGCGCGCAGGUCUUCAUCUCGGACGCCGGCGUGCUGGCCGUCUCCUUGGCCCUGUUGAAGCUCGCGUCGGCCUUCGGGUUCUGGUGGGUGGUGCGGGUCUACGGGGUGCCGCUGCUGAUCGUGAACGCGUGGCUGGUGGUGAUCACCUACCUGGCGCACACCCACCCGGCGCUGCCGCACUACGACUCGACGGAGUGGGACUGGCUGCGCGGGGCGCUCGCCACCAUGGACCGCGACCUGGGCGUCCUCAACCGCGUGUUCCACAACACCACGGACACGCACGUUGCGCACCACCUCUUCUCCAGCAUACCGCACUACCACGCCAUGGAGGCCACCAAGGCGAUCAAGCCCAUCCUCGGCGAGUACUAUCAGUUGGAAUCGAACCCCCUUGCCAAGGCCACAUGGCGCUCGGCCAAGGAGUGCAUCUACGUCCAGCCCGAGGAUCGCAAGGGAGUCUUCUGGUACAGCAACAAGUUCUAGCCGCCAUGAUCCCACCAAGUAAUCCCAUCCAUAUCUGCCUACAUGUACGAUUACGUGUUGGGAGUGCCUAAGCUCAGUCGAUUGAAAAAUAACUACUUGUAUUACUCAAUCGGCUGACGUCAUCGUGGUUCAGUCGCCUGUGUUGUGCUACCACCUACGUGGGAUGUCGUCGGUUGUUUUUUUCCCCAAGUGUUGGCUUCUUCUUUGGUUGUUGUCUGGGCUGGGAUAGGGCUUGUUUCGUAGCCAUUUGCCAUGAAAAAACUUGUAUCUUCAUGUAUCCCCGUGAUGAUGUACAAUAAAACUUGCCCUAGGCUGCUUUA